CCGAGCGUCAGUUUGCGUCUGCCUAGGGUCGCGACGUCCUCGUACUUUACGUGGUGGCUGCGAUCGGUGCCUGCGCCUCCGCGAUCGAACGACCGCCGACGACAUCAUCAUCAUUCGACGACGUCCUGGGGAACGCUCAUCGUUGUUCGUAAUUUUUGAUCAAGGAAGCAUUGAUCGAGGAAGAUCGUGAAAUCACGCGACGAGAUCGAUCCAAUUGGCCAGCAGCAGCGAACGUUCAUCCGCACGAUCGUUCGGUCUUGGCGACCGACCGGUUUCCCGACGAAGUUCGGGGGAAUCCUCGAUUAUUUGGGCUGCAGGAGGAGACUCGAGAAUCCUGGUGGGAUUCUUCCGGGAUCCUUGAGAAUCCACGGUGAAGUCCGCGAGAUAAGCCAGGACUUUGCGAGCGCGUGUCGGGGAAUCCCAGGUAUCUCGUGCAAGUUCGCUGGAACUUAUAAGAGAGCUCGCAGAUUUUUAAGCAGGCUCGCGCGAGACGGUCACUCGAAUUGGCGACGAAGUUCGCAAAGUCGAGGUUUUUAAUAGGUACGAUUUGAAGGUGCGUGACGGAAAGUGCUCGCGCCGCUCAUUGAACGGUUGACCGGGAACUCUCUGAAGGACUCUCGCGAAUCUCCAGGCAUCUCCCGAAGAAGAUCCAAAAUUUUUUGGUGAUCCGUCUGAAUUUCGAGGAAUCCGUGAAAUUCCGGUACGAGCACGCUUUCAACUGCGUCGCAGAUUUAUCGAGCAACUUUUUCCGCGUCGCGUACCCGUGGAUUUUUAUUAGCCACGUGGCCGAGGUGUGCCAGGACUCUUGAGAGAUCCAUCUCGAAACGCGCGUCGUGUCUGAGGAGAAUCCUCUUCUGCGUCCCUCAAUAUUUUUGUAGGAUCCGCAGGGAAGGUCGCGUGCUCGAUCAAAAUGGAAUCAACGAAAAAGUGACGCCGAAUAACGAAUUAACGAGGUGGAUCGCGCGCAAUCCGUCGACCCGUCUCCACUCUUCUGGAAGGACUCUUCUGGCUGAAUCUCCAUCGUGAGUUCUCUCAGUCCUGACGAGUGUUUCUUUAGGAUCUCUGUAUGAAUCUCCGCCGAAGGAUAUUUUCGCUUCGCGCUACGGGAAUCCCAAAGUGAAGAGGCUUGACAUUUAAAGGGCUUCCAGCUUCAUCCCGGCCCGUCAUGACUCCGACAAGUCCUGUUUGAAUAGAUCCUGAAUGCAGCAAGAGCGACACAAGUGGAAUUAUCGAAGACCAAUAUAAGAACCUGAAGUUGAUCGAUCUGCGGCCUGAUAUUUUUGAGGAAUCGACGAAUUCACCUCUCGACGUCUCGGGGGGAUGAAGUAGAUGGAUCUAUUUUGAUAUCUGACAGAUUCGCUCUCUCUCUUUCUUCCUUCUUUUCUCUCCGCUUCGUAUUUUCGACAACGGCGAUGAAGAUGAGUAAAGUAGGCAACCAGACCAAUUCGCAGGACCCACAGGCGGUGAAUUCUCGCGUUUUCGUCGGGAACCUGAAUACAUUUCAAUGCAGCAAAACCGAUGUGGAGCGAAUGUUCCAGCGCUACGGCCGCCUGGCUGGUAUUUCCAUGCACAAGGGCUACGCAUUCGUGCAGUUCACAAAUCCGUUUGACGCGCGCAGCGCGUGCCUCGGCGAAGAUGGCCGCACCGUCCUUAGCCAGAUUCUCGAUGUGAACAUGGUUGCCGAGCCGAAGCCUCACCAAACCGGGCGCAAGCGGCAGAACGUCACCAAGACCGGCAACGAUUGGGAUUACUACUAUGACAGUUACUAUGCGUCGACCGCAUUUCCACCGCGCCUGGCACCACCGUUGAAGCGGCCGCGCUUGAUGCCACCGACACGAGUGCAGCAUCCGAAGCUGCAGAAACAACAAUCGACGCCAAACACCGGCACAAUACCGGACUUGAAUCAACUUAAAGUGUACAGCAAUCCAGAUAUACUGAUCUGCGGCAACUGCAGGGAGAUGUUCACGGAACUCGGGGAGCUGUUGGAGCACAAGCGGAACUACUGCAAGCUGCGGUUCACAUGUAAAUGUCACACCUUCAACGGAGCCGCCCCAAGAGACUCCACGACGGCGUUGCUCUGCGUCCUCUGCAAGCUGUCCUUUCCGAAUGCCUGGGAGCUGAUGGUCCACGCCCAGGCUGCUCACAUGAUCAACAUCUAUGAGCUGGGCACGAGGGCGCCGAGCCCUUCUCGAAGUCCCAGCCUUGACCAGCCGAAGGAGUCAUCGCCCUCCCCACAGGACUUCCAGGAAAUCAAGGCUACGGAUUGCGAAGAGCGGGCGGAGGAGGAGGAGCUUGAUGGACACGAGUUAAUACCGUCCCCUGACAGUGGCAAGUCAACGGACAACGAAGCGGCUCUGUCGCCGAUCAAGAUUCGAUCCGACGUGAACGGGUUGGAUCACGAGGACUGCGACGAAUUGAUCCACGUCGAGAACACCACGCAGGCGUGCAUCAUGCAUACUCUCAGCAUUGACUCGUCCUUGGAAUUAAAUUCCGACGCGAACUCGAGGGCGGCUUCCGGAACGAUGGUGGCCUUGACCAACGGAUCAUUAUCGGCGAAGGAAUAAAUGGAAGAUGCAAAGAAUUAAGAGAAGAGGACGGGAGCAGGAAUAUUCAUUCGAAACGGUCUUUCCCGGCCAACCAACGAGACAUAUCGAUCUCCUUUAAGGAUAACGCACCCGUUUGUAUAUAGCUUAAUCGCCUAACAAAUUAUUCAGGAUCGCUAGAUCCCGCGGUCUACGCCGGCUGCUCGAGUAUCGGUCAUCUUCCCAUAAGGAGAAAGAAAGAGACACACCGGUUUCCCGUUCAUCCUCGACUCUUGCGCACUUCCGCUCUAAAGGGUCUCUCAUCGAGAUGACAAUGGAACGCUGCGGAAGAGCGCGGAUUGGAUUUAUUUCUUUACUUUAAAGACCGUUCGCGCACUUAUCUCGAUCUUGUUGUACGCUUUUACUGAUUCGCGAGCUUCGAAAUUGUCUCGAGCGCAGUUUAUGAUUGUUCCACCUUUGUUAAAUCUUUAGAAUCUUGGAUCUUUGUUAGAUCUUUAAAAUCUUGCGAUCAAGGUUACGUUGCAUAAGGUAAAACACGGUACUCCCUUGUCGUCUCGAUCGUAGGAUGCUGAAGAUGAAGGAUAUUCGUGGAGAAAACGUUAGCCGAAAGAUUCGUCGGUGAACUUAACACUCGAAAAUCCCGGGGAUCGUUCACUCGCCAGUCGCAUCGGCAUGAAUUAAUUAAUUUCAGUGGCGAUAACGUUACUCUUACGAGUAUUCCAAAUUGUCGCCGGUGAAUGAACGAUUUCCGGAUCAUUCGCGAGGUCAUUCGUCAAGAGAGCGGAAACGUCCUGUGGCUUCCUCGCGUAGCAGUCGCGCGCAUACGUGUGUCUAGAUUAAAUAUACAUUAUCACAUACACACGUC